AUGAAUAAUAGAAAAAAUUUAGUGACCUCUAAAUUUAGAGCCGAAGAAAAACAUUGGAGAUCGCCCUCUGUAGAGUUAGUAAAAAUUAACUUCAAUGGUGCGGUGUUUGUGAAUGAAAAUAAGUCUGGGAUUGGCGUGGUUAUAAGGAACGAGGGAGGCUUGGUUCUGGCAUCCUGUGCGAAGAAAAUUCCAGUGAUAUACAGUGGGUGUGAGAUAGAAACCAUGGCAGCAGCUGCUGCUCUUUCUUUCGCUUCAGAUAUCGGCAUUAAACAAGCUAUCCUAGAGGGUGACUCAUUAGCAGUGAUAAAAGCCUUAACGGAGGACGCUGGCAGUUUAUCUCCUUUUGGUUUGUUGUUAGAUGAUGUCAAGUCUUUAGCUAAUAGUUUUGAGGAAUUAUCUUACUCUAACACUAGGAGAGAAGAUAAUCAAGUAGCACAUGGUCUGGUUAAACAUGCAAAAAGCAUUCCAAAUUUUAUAGUGUGGAUAGAAGAUGUCCCACUACAAUUACUUUUAGUUGUACAAGCCGAUUUGAUAAGCGUUCAUUAA